AUGAAAGCUCUAUCAGUAUCAACAGCACUGCUAGGCGCUGCUUCAGCCAAAUCAGUCCUCCACGAUUCGCCUCAACACAUCUUCUCGAAUCCACCCGUACACGAUGAGAGCUACAGGAUACCCUCAGUCAGCGAGUCUGCUGCGAUGGCCAGGAAGAUCAUGCACUUGACGACCAUCGGGGACCUUAUCACUGUCUUUCCUGGAGCCUCUCACAAUGAAGUCGGAGAGCAAGAGAACAGACCUCAGGACAUUGCUGGCAGUCCAAUCGGCUUGAUGGAAUACUACGCAGACUGCGACCCUCUCAGCGGCAACCCAAUCCUCCUCGCCAUCGAUAUCGCAACACCGUACCGAAACUAUAAUCAGGGAUCCAACAUAAGUCUCGGAAUAAGGUGGUGGCCUGAUCGAAAGAACACAUACUCCUUCUGGGCAAGCGAGGAUGACGAGGAGAUACCAACACCACACACGCCUGCAGCGCUGCCUCGCUUCUCCCUGCACGGGCAUCUCGAGCGAGUCUCGGAUGAGAGGCUAAAAGAUGGAAAGAUCAAGGAAUGUUUCCUGAGAGCCCAUCCUGAUUCGAAGUACUGGCAACCUGGCAAUGAAGUCUCUCACGCCAGUCAUUACGUCCAGCUAGUCGUCGAUCACGUAUACUGGUUCGGUGGAUUUGGAGACCGAGCUCGGAUUGAGUGGCUGCCGAUUGAGGAGUGGAGAAACAAGACAAUGGAGGAGGUCAGCAAGGCCAAGCUUCCAGGCGAGAAGAAGUCGAAGAGUUGGUGGAAGGAGUGGUUGUGA